AAUCGACAUAGUCAUUCAGGGUCGUGCUUCACAGGUUGCUGUAGCAAUUGAUGUAUCGGGCAGUGGGGAUGUAAGUAAUGCUAAUGAUAAUGCUAACCCAACUGAUGAUAGUGAUGCUACCGGUGCUGGGAUUACUAAUACAACCCACAUGGCACUAUCUACGGCUAGUGACACACAUGACACAGAGCUGCAGAAAAUACUUACUAGUUAUGAGGAGCUGAGUAAGAAAAUUAUGCAGUGCAAACAUACACCCACUCCACAGUCUGUACCUCAGUCAUCUGUAAAGAUAGGAUGCACCACACAGAGUAGUAACGUAGCAGGCACCAGAGGUUUAAGUAAACACUCAACACCAUUAACACAUGACAAGUUGCUCUCCUUAAGAGAGUUGUCUUACCUUCAUCGCAGGGAACUGAAGAUCCAGGGGGGUCAGAUUGGGGACCAGGGGUCAGAUCUCAGCUAUAACAGUGUCUGUCGGCAGAUGGAAGACGGUUUAAAGGAGCAGUUCAGUGAUGCAGAGGUUGUAAGAGCCGUCCUCAAAGUCGUCAAGCCAGGAACUUUUAAAGACAUGUUGAUGAAUAAGGAUGAUCUGACUGUAGAGGAGCUAAAAGCCUUCCUCCACUCCCACCUGGGUGAGAAAAGUAACACAGAGCUGUUCCAGGAGCUCAUGUGCACCAAACAAAAAGACAAUGAGACACCCCAACAGUUCCUAUACAGAGUCAUAGGACUUAAGCAGAAGAUCAUGCUGGCCUCCAAACAUGCUGACACUGAUGUAAAGUACAAUGCAAGCACAGUGCAGGAUGUGUUCCUCCACACCGUAUAUCAGGGUUUAGGUCAUAAGCAUGAUGAUGUCCGCAGAGAGCUGAAGCCAUUGCUUGUGGACCCCAGGGUAUCGGAUGAGUUAAUCUUAAAACAGAUGAAGAAAGUGAUGUGUGAAGAAAGUGAAAGGCAGCGAAGGCUAGGUCCCGCCACCCGCCAAAGACUAACAAAUGUGCACAGUGCUCAGUCUGAAGUUAAUGCUGCACAGUGUCCUAGUGUAAAGGAGAAGGUACCAAAAACAGAUGUGAUCCAGCAGUUAACGGAAAAACUUGAACAGCUUACAAGUACAGUUGAACUCAUGAGACAGUCAAUGCAGACACAGGUGGCAGGACAGUUCAGCCACAAUGGGAAAGGUAGAGACCGCAGGAGAGAGAAACCAUAUGGCUGUGACAAGUGCGUGGAACAGAAUCGUCCCGACUGCCCUCAGGGAAAAGCUUACCAUCAGGGUUUCAUCGCCGAGGGUUCACGUCACCUGACUGCCUUCGUUACCCCGUGGGGCCUCUAUGAAUGGGUCUGUAUCCCAUUCGGACUCUCAAAUGCCCCAGCAGCAUUUCAGCGGAGCAUGGAGGAGGUGCUAGGCACCCUCAGGGAUGAAUGCGGCAUCCCUUAUCUGGAUGACGUGCUCUGUUAUGCAAGAACAUUCGAUGAACACGUGGAGGCCCUCCGCAAAGUGCUUCAGGCUCUUCAACAUCACGGAGUAAAACUGAGACCUGAGAAGUGUGAGCUCUUCAGACAAGAAGUCAGGUACGUGGGGCGCCUUGUGUCAGCUGAUGGUAUCAAAAUAGACCCACGGGAUCUUGAAGCAGUCAAAACCUUGACCAGCAAGACACCACAGACAGUUGGUGAAGUAAGGAAACUGACCGGCUUCUUGGGAUAUUAUCGCUCCUACAUCCAGGAUUUUUCCAGGAUCGCAAAGCCAAUCUAUGAGCUUCUCCAAACUAAAUCAGGGAAAGCCCAGAUUCCAACAUCUGGGAAAACCACCAAACACCCACAGCUGCCUUCCCAACAGCCUGUUGACUGGACCACUCAACAUCAGGAAGCUUUAGAGCAACUGGUCACUCUCCUUAUAACCCCACCUGUCUUAGCGUAUCCUGAUUUCAACCUACCUUUCACGCUGCAUACAGACGCCUCAGACCAGGGCCUGGGGGCUGUCCUCUAUCAGCGCCAGAAUGGAAAACUGAGAGUCAUUGGCUAUGGCUCGAGGACUUUGACACCUGCUGAACGUAACUAUCACCUGCACAGUGGAAAACUGGAGUUCCUCGCAUUGAAAUGGGCUGUGUGUGAAAAAUUCGGGACUACCUGUACUACGCUCCCACUUCACUGUGUACACGGACAACAACCCCUGACCUAUAUCAUGAGUACAGCAAAACUCAAUGCUGUUGGUCAUCGGUGGGUGGGAGAACUCUCAGAUUUCCAGUUCGACAUCAGGUAUAGGCCGGGAAAAUCAAAUAUGGAUGCAGACACACUCUCUCGGCUCCCCUUGGACAUGGGGAAAUAUGAGGUGGCUUGUACAGAGGAGCUCUCGAACGAGGCAGUGCGGGCUACAUGGGAUGGGAGUCAGGCAGCAGAACGGAAGGAUGUGGCCUGGGUUGCAGCACUUAACAUGUGUUGCCCAGAUCCUCCACCACAACCUCAUUGUCACCUACCAACUAUCCGCCGUGAUGAUCUUGUUAAGGCUCAAAGAGAGGAUCAAGCCAUAGGCAAGAUUAUUGAGUUAAAGGAGUCAAACACAAAACUGACAGAUGACAUACGCCAAACUGUAAGUGGAGCCACCCGAAAGCUGCUGCAUGAGUGGAAUUUGCCCAGGCAUAUCCCACGAAGAAGAACAAGUGGGAAAACAGCUGCUGAGCGCAUCUUCAAUGACUUCAUACCCUGGUUCGGUUAUCCAUCCAAACUACAUCAUGACCAGGGUCGUGAAUUUGAGAACAAACUGUUCCAAUCAUUACAGCAGUUGUCAGGGGUUGGCCACUCGUGGACGUCACCCUAUCACCCACAAGGCAACCCAGCUGAGCGCCUGAACCGCACCAUCCUCCAGAUGUUAAGAACAUUGACUGAUAGUGAAAAACUACGGUGGAAGGAUCACCUCCCGCAUGUUUUACACGCAUACAAUUGCACCAGACAUGAGUCAACCGGCUACUCACCGUUUUUUCUCCUCUACGGCCGUCACCCACAUCUCCCAGUUGACUUGCUGUUUGGAUUGGUUGGAGAAAGGGAACCAUACUCACCUAGAGGAUUUGCAGAUAAAUGGGCUAAAAAGAUGUCAGAAGCCUACCGCAUUGCCGGCGAGAAUAGCAAAAAGUCCAGUGCAAGGGGAAAAGUGAUGUAUGACAAGAAAGCAAGAGGGGUUGUACUGCAACCAGGGGACAGAGUUCUGGUUUGGAACCUCAGUGAACGUGGAGGGCCGGGAAAAUUAAGGGCAUACUGGGAGAAGACUAUAUACAUAAUCGAACGUCAACUUGCUGAGAACCCAGUGUACGUUGUCUGCCCUGAAACUGGAGACAAACGGAAAAGCAGGACACUGCACCGUAAUCUCCUGUUGCUGGUGAACGACUUACCUGUCGACGUCACUCCACCUGACACCAGAUCUAUUCCUGAGAAGAAAACACAUAACAGACAAAACCAAGAGAGAAUGACAGACACUCAAAGACAAGCAGACACGAGUGAUGACAGUGAAAAUGAUUCAGAUGAUGAUUCUGGCUCGGGAUACUGGUUAAGGAGACCGACCGAAAGGAUAGAGGAAAGACCUGUUACCUACCAGGAGCAACUCACCAGGUAUUCAGAGAUUCGGGGGUCAGAACCAGCACCUGUAAGGAGAGAAAGUCAUACUGUACCUGAAUACCUACCAAAUCCUACUGAGAAGAGACACCACGCUGAUGAAAACUUACCUUUACUCACUGGACCUGUGGAAGGGGAGGGAAACAAUGGACACCAAGACUCUGACUCAGAAGCUCGACCUUUGACCCCUCCUGUAGAGCACACUCAGUCAGACGUUAGAAGGUCCGCUCGUGAGAAAAGGCCACGCCGAUUUCUCACCUAUGAGUCAUUAGGUGAGCCAUCAGUCCAAACACACGCCACCGUUAACUCAGUGACUGGAUACACAGGACCCUAUAUACCUGUCAUAGGAGCAUCUCAUCACACUACACCUGCACACUCCAUCUAUCCAUACAUCCCGCCUCUUUGUAUGCCAUAUUCACACCCACUCCUUUACUCCCAGACACCAUACAUGCCAUACCCUUACCAAGCACCAGCCACAUACAUUCCACCUACUAUGCUUGUUUGUUGA